GGAGGGGGGGAUAUUCCCAUAUAAAUAAAGCUGCACACGCCAUUUCUGUCCUUUACGCAGAAGUUACAUACUCAUUCACUUCGUUCAACUCACUCGAAGUUAAUAUUCAGAAGAAAGUGAAAUGGCUGGUAAAAAGAAUAAGGAAAAGGCUUCCAAAAAGACUGUUAAACCUGCCAAACCUGUAGAACCUGAAGAAUCUUCAGAGGAGUCGUCUUCAGAAUCAGAAAUGGAAGUUGAAGCUCCAGUUGCUACAAAAGCUAAGAAGCAGUCAAAACAAAGCAAAGUUGCUGCAAAGAAAAAGAAGGAAGAAUCCAGUGACAGUGAAGAAGAAGAAUGUAGUGAGGAAGAGGAAAGUGAUAGUGAGGAGGAAGAGGAAGUAGAAGAUAAGAAGAAAAAAGUAAAAAAAGAGACAGUAAAAGAGGAAAAGAAAGCAAAAAAAGAAGAAAAAGCCAAAAAGGUUGCUGAAUCAGAUGAUUCUGAAGAAGAUUCUGAUGAAUCUGAAGAAGAAUCAGAAGAGGAUUCUAGUGAGGAAGAUUCUAGUGAAGAAGAAUCAGAAGAGUCUCCUAAGCCAAAGCUCAAUGGAAAUGCUGAUGGUUCAAAAGAAGCUAAGAAGCGUAAAACAGAGCCAGAAAAUGGUAACGAUGCCAAGAAAGCUAAAGUUGAUGAGUCUGUAACAGUUAUGUGCAGAAAUAUUCCUGAGGAAGUGACUGCUGAGGCCUUUGAGAAAUUUCUUAAGAAGAAAGGAAUUGAAGUCUCAUCUGUUCGCAAGCGUGAGGACAGAGCAUUUGCCCACAUUGACUUGGCUAAUCCAGAUGAUCUUGAUAAAAUUUUAGCAAUGCAAAAUCUUGACUAUAAAGGGUCUGCACUGACAUUUGAGAAAGGUCGGCCCAAGAGACCAAAGGGAGAAAGAAACACGGGUGAUGAAUCAAACACACUAUUUCUGAAAAAUCUACCUUAUGAUGACUCAGAAGAUAGUCUUAGAAGCAAACUGAUGGAGAUAUUUCCUGAAGCACAAAGUGUCAGAAUUCCCUAUAAAGGAGAUUCACAUAAGGGGUUUGCGUAUGUUGAGUUUGAGAGUUCCGAUAAUGUAAAGGAUGCACUUGAAAACAAACAGGGUGUUGAGUGCGGGGACCAACGACUGUUGUUGGAUUAUGCAAACAGUCCCAAGACUGAUUAUUCACAACAAAGAGGAAGAGGAGGCUUUAGAGAUGAUGAACCAGAAGAAUCCAGUGUACUUUUAGUAAGAAAUCUGUCCUAUGAUUCAACAGAAAGCUCUUUACGGUCAUAUUUCAAGGAUGCUACUGAUAUACGAUUACCAUCAUUUCCAGAUUCUGGAAAGCCAAAAGGAAUUGCCUUCAUUGAUUUUGAUUCUAUUCAAAAUGCAAAAAGUGCUCUGACUAAAUUUGAUGGUACUAACAUUGAUGGCAGAUCUGUACGGUGCUGUUAUGCAAGAGGCAGAAAUGAUGGUGGUGGAGGUUUUGGUGGAAGACGUGGAGGAAGUUUUGGUGGUGGACGUGGAGGAGGUUUUGGUGGUGGCCGCGGUGGCGGAGGUUUUGGUGGUAGACGUGGAGGUUUUGGUGGUGGACGUGGUGGCGGAGGUUAUGGUGGUGGCCGUGGCGGUGGAGGUUAUGGUGGUGGUCGAAACAGUUUUGGUGGAACAGGAAGGAAAAAGACUUUCAGUGAUAGCGAUUGAGCAGUUUGGACAAUAAAACUGUGCCUUCCAUUGUAAAUGGAUGAUAACUGAUCAUGCCUCUUUGUUUUAUAUUCAAGCACAUUCAAUGUCUGCAGAUGAAAUCACUGUAAUUCCAGUCUUAAUAUUUGUGGACUUCCUUGUACAUAGCCAUAACUUUUUAAUGCCACUGAUGUUGUAUGCUAACUUACUGCCAUUAAAAUUAUCAAAAUAUC